AUGUCAAAAGUCUUUGCCUUAGCGAAUCGUAUCUACACUAACAGUUAUAAUAGUCGCCCUCUACUUACAUCAGCAUGCACAAACGCUAUUAUUGCGUCAAUAUCUGAUAUAUUGGCUCAAGGUAUUACAUUAGCAAAAAAAAACAACAACCACACUUCCGCAACAAAACCUGAGUCAUCAAUUACUACGAAAUCUUUAUCAAAUUUUAAUGAAGAAACUUUAUCAAAACAAGUUCAAAAACAAGUAUCCGCGAAUAUUGAAGGUUCAAAUCUCAGUGAUGAAACUUUACCAACACAAGUUCAAAAACAAGUAUCCGCGAAUAUUGAAGGUUUUGAUUACAUUCGCACUUUAAGAUUUUCAUCUUAUGGAUUUGUAAUUGCUCCAGUUGUUUAUACUUGGUUUUCUUUUUUGGACAAAAGAUUUCCAUUACCUCAAAUAAAAGCUAGUAAAGCUACACAAAUAAGUACCAUAAUUAAAAGAGUCUCGGUAGAUCAAAUUGCAUUUGCACCCGUCGGAUUGUCUUUAUUUUUUAUUAUUAUUGGAGUGUUUGAAGGUCAUGAUAUAAAUGGCAUUAAACAAAAAUUUCGAGAGGCUUAUAUUCCUGCUUUAAAAGCAAAUUAUAUAACUUGGCCAUUUGUUCAAUUUAUUAAUUUUGGAUUUCUUCCUUUAAGAUAUCGGUUACCUUUUGUUAGUUCUGUUGGCAUUCUAUGGACAUGUUAUCUUAGUUUAUUGAAUAGUGUAACGGAAUUUUAA